AUGCCUAAAGCAAGAUUUAUCAAUGACGACAUCGCCGUGUCGGCAUUCGACAUUUCGAAAAUGGCCCUGGGUGAUAGCGCAAAGGCUGACACUCGAUUCAAAGGUAUCACGGGAGAAGUUGAAAAGUUUACUCUUUUCCGCACAGAUACCUCAAACGGAAAGGAAUACAAGGAUAUCCGGCAUAUUGAUGCUGAUGUGAAUUUCGACGCUAAUAGGGAAGUUGUUCUGCGCGGUGAUGCGAAAUAA